CCUUCGAACGAAACGAAUCGAAUCUCGCUCGCGUGCGCGCUCUCGUAAAACGCCGCGCCGCGCCAAUCAACGAUCACGACCACGAUCACUCACGACAGUUCAAAUCCCGCGCUAUCGCGAGUUUUUUUUAAUUGUUAUCGCGAAUCAUCGAAUCAACUCGACAAAAUGUGUUCCCGCAACUUUGCGCUCUCGCUGGCACUGAUAAUCGCACUGGUACCACUGGCCGCCGUCGCGUUACCCCACCACAGUGUUGCCAAGCGGAGCUCCUUCUUCGAGAUCGACUGCAAGGGACAGUUCAACAAGCAGAUCUUCUACCGGCUGGAUCGGAUAUGCGAAGACUGCUACUCGUUGUUCCGCGAGCCGCAGAUUCUGUCCUUCUGCAAAGAGGACUGCUUCGGCUCGGAGUACUUCCUGGCCUGCGUGGAGGCGCUGUUUCUGGACGAGGAGAAGGAGAAGUUUAUGAAGUGGCGCGAGAUGCUGGGGAAGUAAAGGGGCGCCCCUUUUAUUUGUCCUGAGAGAGAGCGAGGAGGAGAGAGCGAUAUCUUCGAACUGCAGCUGUUUUUAUCUUUAAAUUGUUUUAGGUUUUUUUUUGUUUUUUUUUUCGAGAGAGCGAACAAAUAGAAAUGUACACGAACACAAACACCCACACACUCACUCGUAAACUGAUAUUUUAUACAUGUACACACAGACACACUCACAAAACUCAGAUAUAGCAUGGAAGAGCGAGAUUGGUUAGGGUUAGGCGCGAGUGGAAGCAGCAUGAACGAGGUAGAAUGUGUUUUUAUUUAGUAGGUUUUGCUAUUUUCUCUUGCUUUCAGGCAGCACAAACUAACACAUAAGAUUUAUUAUGAACUAUGAGCUAAACGAAAAACAGGGCAGUGACUGAAGUGGAGAAGGAAAGGAGCAAGCCGACGUGUACAUAAUUAAGUGAUAACAAGAUAUUUAUUUAUAAAUAGUGUUGAGAGUAAGGAAGCGAACAAUUUACUAACUUUCAAAGUUGGCAGAAUGGCGAGCGAAGGUUUAGAAUAGUUAGACGGAGAGGAAAGUACUACUCACAGUUUGUAACGGAUUGUAUCUCAGUAUUUUGGCUUGAGGAACGCGCAGAUGUGUACCAGUUCGAACUGCUCGUGAAGGUGGGAUGCGAAGGGGGUGACGUUGCGAUCCUGACGCGGUGAGUCAAUCACCCUGCCAGGACAUCGCGGCGGAUUGCCCCUUCAAUCCCUCCGCCGAGCAGAGCAGAGUUUGUCGAAUGUUUAUAAAAGAAUCAACCUUGGAAAGCAUAGUUUUAUUUUGUUCAAACGAUUUUAUCAAUAGCGACGCAAACAAAAUUCGAGCAUAACAUGAAAAUAUGUCUUACGUUAAUGUAUUUAUAUUUUCAAAAAAUAUACUUCUUUAAAAUCUAGUCCAGAAAGCACACAUUUACGUUUAGUUAUUUAUGAAGAAGGGAGGAAAGAAAACUGAAAACUGAAAAAUAUCGAAGCAACUCGAACGAUCAACGCUAGAGAGUAAAGGGAAAUUACAGAGAAGUAGAACUUUUAACAAGCGGUGUUAUCUCUCACGCGAUUACACGAUUUGUGUUUGUAGCUUUAGUUCUCGCGCGCGUUCUUCCUUUCUCGGUUCGUUGUCGGGUUUUUGCGAUCGAUCGAUAUGGUGCGCGCGCUCUGAUGAUCUUCCGCUCUGUUUUCCAUUACGCAAAACCACAAAAACCAUGGCUGAACGGACAUGCAAUUUACCACGGAACCACGCGUUGAAGUACUCAUAUCAGUCGAACACAUCUCCUGUAUCUUGUAUAGCUACGCUGAAGAAAAAAAUUGUAAAUUAUUAACAUUCCUCGUUAGACAGUAUUUUCUCUCCAAAAUAGACUAAUCAUUGAAACAAAAAAUCAAACAAAAAAAACUCUUUCUUUCUCUUACACUCAACAACUCCUUAAAAGUGGGGACGAGAGCCCGGGACCGAAUCCGAAAAAAGGGGCUACGACGACGACGCAGUAGAUCUAAAGUCCAGACUUCCGCACUAUGUCAAUCACAAUUGGGUUUUUGAAAUCGCAAAACAAACACACACGCAAGUUCCUUCCGAGUUGAGUUUUGGUCGUUUGCUAACGUUUUUGCUAACAGUAAAGGUGUGUAUAUUUAUUUCGCAAAAGCCGCCAGUUUAAGCUAUCGAACGAAAUUACGCGAGAGAGGGGAGAUUGGAGAAAAAAGAUAGUUUGUAACACUGUUCGUUGAUUGCCAUUACUUUUUUCUGUAAUAUAUAUUUUUUUAUUGAGCGGAGGAGUCACAUUUUUUUUCUUGCAAACAUGCGGCAGCGCAAGCUAUGCAAGUUGAUGUAUUUAUAAUGUUUUUGUCGCUGAAGAGGAAGUGCAAGAUGGAGAGCAACCAAUGUUUUGUCUGUAAACAAAUGCUGAACACAAACUGAUAUUCAUAUACUUUAACGAAAAUACGGGGAAAUAAAAAUAUCAAUGAACAUAAGAAGAAAU